AUGGCCCUCUCACUUUUCUUAUGUGUUGACAAUCACAGGUCUUCCCGACUAGUUGGAUGUGCGCUUAUGAACAAUGAGUUAGCAAAUUCGUAUCAGUGGGUUUUACGUCAGACAAAACAGGCCACUGGAGGCUAUGUACCUGCUGUUAUUAUAACCGAUGCUGAUCCGGCUUUGGAUCUUGCAAUCUUUGAGGAGUAUGAACAAUCUUAUGCCAUGCAUUGUAUAUUCCAUAUAUCACAAAACCUUUCUCGAAAUCUCGAGGCUAAGUUGGGUCAACAGUAUCAGGAAAAUUCUCUUGUUCCGGAAGUUUUUGAACAAAAAUGGAAACAGUUAAUUAAGAAAUAUAAUGAGCCUAGAGUU